CUGCACAGUCUCUCUCACACACACACUCCCUCUCACACACUCUCUCUCUCACACACACACACGCUCUCAAACAGCCGCAGCAGAACUGUCAACUCCAGUCUCAACUCCGCUCCAGCUGCGCGCACAUCAGGAUCUGCAGAGACAGAGGAGCGACCCGGGACCAGGACGGAGAGAGGACCCGAUCACAGGAAUAAUCAUAAUUAUAAUAAUGGCUUCUCAGACGACAGACGGGCUCAAACUGUCGGAGGAUCAGAUCAAAGUGCUGGAGGAUAAUUUCAACAGAGUCAGCAAACACCCGGACGGGAUGACGCUCAUUCUGAUCGCUGCGGAGUGCGGGCUGUCGGAGCAGCAGACGCAGAAAUGGUUCCAGCAACGCAACGCAAAGUGGAGGCAGGCGGAGGGUCUUCCAGCCGAACUGGGAUCAGUGUUGGACUGAGACUUUUCCGAUCACCUCCUGGACACACGACGCUCUUUGCUGAGCUUAUUCCUCCCGGAUGGACUUGACCUACCCUCCUCUUCCUUCCCCAUUCCUUCUCUACCUGUACUUUCCUCAAUUUUGUAUCUAUUAAGCUAUUUUAUCUUGCAGAAUGUGAAGGUGUUUCUAUUGUUGCCAAUGUAACCUCCGUGUUUACAGAAAUAAACAUUAUUGUAAGUAAA